UCUGGUCUCACAGUCAGGUUGAUGGAGAGAAGGAUAGUAGAGAGGUAGACAGACGUGGUGGAGAUGUAGCAAACAACGGAAACAACAAUUUUAACGCUCUCUGUUUUCUUUUACCGUGCAUUUGACUUUUCUCUACCUAGUUAACUUUUCUUUUCUUAUUUCACGGCGGUUUCUCCGCUUUACGGUCCGAAUUGUGUAUCCUUGACAACGCGAACAACUGUCCUGCGAAGUUUGGAUCAAGUGUUGGACCUUCAGUCAGAAAGGAAAACAGGAUAUUUACCCGCUCAACUAACGGAACUGACCCCGGCGUGCAUGUGGGCGCUUGUGGAACUAGUCCGAUAAGUUUUUAUUUUAUAUUUAACUUGCUGUUUUAUUUGAAACCCGGUGUUUAGGGAAACGGGACAGCGCGAGACAAUAGUGGUGUAGUGAGCUCGUGCAGGGGGGGGAAUCGAUGCCGAGCGGGGGCUUUGUUCUGCCCCGUGUGGAGACCCACCGCGAGCCCGCUGCGGACAUCGACUGAUUGACCGGUGGAUUUAUGAUUGCUUGGUUAUUGAUAAGCGGACUCGGAAGCCGUUGGAGCAAACAUGGAUGUGACUCUGUCCGAGUUGCUGGCCACUUUCAUGGAGUCCCCGCUGGUGUUGUGGGUGCGGACGCUGGGUCCAUUGGGUUCAAGCGAUGAUGUAGGCUCCGAGGAGCGGGUCAACAUGUUCAUGGAGCUGGUGGACGGCGUUUUCCUGCACAAGAUCAUGACACACAUUGACCCCAGCCCAACCAAUCAGAGGUUGAACAAGAAUGUGAACAAUGACGUGUCGCUUCGCCUUCACAACCUUACCGUUCUCACCAGACACAUCAGGACGUACUACCAGGAGACCUUACAGCAGUUAAUAGUCAUGCCCCUUCCUAACAUCCUCUGCAUCGCCAAGGAUCCCAUAUCAGCUAAGAGCAUGGAGGAUAUGAAAAGACUUUUGUUGCUGAUACUAGGCUGUGCUGUCCAGUGUGAGCGUAAAGAGGAGAUGAUAGAGAAGAUCAAGCUGCUGGACAUUGAGACCCAAGCUGCCAUCGUCUCUCACAUCCAGGAGGUGACUCAUAACCAGCUGAAUGUUCUUGACCUGUCCUGGCUGGAGGAAGGAUCAGAGCUCACACAUGAUGAACUGGAACCUUUGUCCCGCAACAUGGCUGCGUCACUACAGCAACUGAUUGACCAGAGAGACAAAGCCAGUGAGGUUAUUGUGGAUCUGACCCAGGAGAGGGACUAUCUGUUCAGUAAGCAGCCCCAGGAAGGGUGCAGGAACCUGGGAUUGAGCAGCCCGGAACGUGGGAAGAGUUCUGGAGGUGUGGGAGUGAAUAACGGCGGAUCAUCUGUGAUUGGGCCUGGGCUGACCAAAGAGGAGAAGCAGCAUCUAUCUGUGGAGCUCGCUGAUACCAAGGCCAAGCUGCGCAGAUACAGACAAGAACUGGAGGAGAAGACAGAGCAGCUGAUGGAUUCAAAACAUGAAGUGGAGCGUCUGGAUCAGGAGUUACAGAGACUGAAACAAGAGAACCAGUCGCUGUCUUGCGAGGCUCGUUCGGUCAGAGUGUACCGGGACGAGGUCGACUCUCUGAGGGAAAGAGCGGCCCGGGUCGACCGACUGGAGACUGAACUGAGCAGAUGUAAAGAGAAACUCAAUGAUGUUCACUUCUACAAGACCAGAGUGGAGGAGCUUCGCGAUGACAACUUGACUCUGAUGGAGACAAAGGUGCUGUUGGAGGAGCAGCUGUCAGCUGCCAGGGGGCGCUGUGAUAAACUGCACACGUUGGAGAAAGACAACCUGUUGCUGCGAGCUAAAAUCCACGACCUGGAAAUGGAGAGGGACAAUGAGCGUCGAAGGUUGGAGGAGCUGGUGGAGGAGAACAUGCUGCUGGAGAUUGGACAGAAACAGAGUAUGAACGAGUCAGCUCACCUAGGCUGGGAGCUGGAACAGCUGACCAAGAACCAUGACAACACUAACACAGAGACUCGUAAGUCGCUGGUCCAUGAGCUGAACGAGUGCGUUUCCAGCCGGGCAUUGAAGCUGGAGAAGGAGAACCGGGAGCUUCAGGCUUCUAUAGAGAGACUGAAAGAGGAGAACCACCUCCUGCAGGAGCAGCAGCUUCACACACAGGAGCUGGACAGGGAGAACCAAAGCCUCAGCAAGAAGCUGGAACGUCUCCAGGGUUUAUUGGAUCAGGAGAGACUGACCAAUCAGGACAUGGAGUCUCUGGGAGAAGAAAUACUGAAAGAAAAACAGAGUCUGGAGAGAGAAAUGCACACUCUGAGUGCAGAGAAAGACAGACAGAUCUCAGAGUUGGAGAGUGAGAAGCAGCACCUCUCUGAGGCAGUGGCGUCCCUUCAGGAGCGUGCUCAGUCUAACAAUGUGGCGAGGGUCCGUGAGGUGGAAACAGAAAACCGCCUGCUGCACCAGAACAUCACAGACACCAGCUCCCGAUUGGCCAGCUUAGAAACCCAACUCAAACUUGCCAGUGAGGAGGCAGAGAGGCUGAGGGAGAGGGCAGGGCGGUGUGAAGAGGUGGAGAGAGAGGCAGCAAGGCUGGAGAGGAGCAGGGACGCACUGAACAGAGAGGUGAGCUCUCUGCGAGCAUGCAGCGAGCGGUCGGAGGCUCUAGAGAAGCAGGUGUCUUCCCUGGAGCAGGAGAUGCACAGACUGAAACGGGAGGCAGAGGAGGCCCAGCAGCGAGUGGGGAAGCAUGAGGGGGAGAACAGCUUGCUGUCGAAGGAGAACUUAGAUCUGCGCUGCUCCAUGGAAAACCUGCGCUCCUCAUCCGCCCGCCUGGCCACCCUACAGGAGGAGCAUAAAGACGCACAGAGAGAGAUACAGGAGCUGCAGAGGAGGCUGGAGGAGGCCAGAGAGGAGGCACAAGGAGAGAGGAAGAGGGUAGAGAGGCUUGAGCUGAAUAUGACUGCUCUGAACCAGGAGAAGCAUCGCUUAGAGGAGGAAGUGCAGAGGAGCAAAGAGGAGAGGGAAGAGGUAGAGAGAGAGAGUCGAGAUACGCAGACCAGAGAGGAAGAACUGAGAAGGGAAGUCGAAGAACUGAAGCAGGAGCGGAGGAGGAGGGAGGAAACUGACAAGGAGAGGAGGAAGCUCCAGUUGGACCUAGAGCAGUCGGAGAAGGGCAGGAAGCAAUUGGAGAAGGAGAGCUGGAGGAUCAGAACGCUGCUGGAGGGUAAAGAGACAGAGCUGGAAGAGAAAGCCAGGCAGCUAGCUGCAGUGGAGAAAGAGGGCACAGCUCAGAGUAAGCAAGUGGAUAGGCUGAAGGAGGUGGUAGUGAAAGCUAAGGAGCUGGAGAGGGAGAACAAGGAGCUGCAGAAACAGGCGACUAUUGAUAAGAGGACUCUGGCUACUCUGAGAGAGGAGCUGGUGUCAGAGAAGCUGAGUGUUCAGCAGCAGAGUGUCGAGUUAGAGAGGCUCAAUGAAGAACUGGAGAAGAUUGGACUGAACAAAGAAAAACUACUGCAGCAAGAGCACACACUGGAGGACAGUAGGUACAGGCUGCUGGAGUCUCGUCUGGAGGAAACUGUCCAACAAACAAUGAAGAUUAAAGAGGAGAAAAUUUCUUCUCUGGAAAAGAAAGUCGAAGAGAGCAAAGCACUCAGCGCUACACUACGCACCGAACUAGCUACUGCUCGUCAGACAGUGUCUACUCUACGUCAGCAACAGGAGGAGGAAGAAAACCACAACUUCCAGCAGCGCUCAGGCAACGACCGGGGUCAAGGGUCAGCCACCGCUGAACUGCUACGAAUCAAAGAUCAUCUUAUUGACAUAGAAAAGAAUAAUGCCUCCCUGCAGACAGAGAGCAGUCUAUUGAAGGAGCAGCUCAAACAGCUGGAUAACCAGAACACAGCUCUGAACAACCAGAUGGUGGCACUGCAGCGACACACCACCACCCUGCAGGAGCAGAAUUCAGCUUUACACACACAGACAGCAAAACUACAGGUGGAGAACUCCACGCUCUCCUCCCAGAGUGCAUCUCUCAUGGCCCAGAAUGCUGUGCUGCAGGGCCAAGUCACCGCCUUGGAGACAGAGGUAGAGUCGUGGCAGCGACAACGUGAGGAGGCGUGGCGGGGCAGAGAAAGCGUGCUCAGCGACCACGAACGCCUACUGAGCGUCCACGAGAGGCAAGCGCACGAGUACGAGCAGCUUAUCAGCCAGCACACUACACUGAAAGGAAAACAGAGGGCGCUAGAGGGUGAACACCGGACGCUACACAGCAAGUAUUGUAUUUUGCUGCAGCAGAAAGAGAAAUGGGAGGAGCAAGAGGGGCGUGGUCAGAAAGAGAAGGAAGAACAAAACCAGCAGAUCCAGAAGAAUCGGCUACUACAGCAAGAGAAUCUGCAGCUAAAAACAGAAGUGGACAGAUUGACAGAGAGCCAGUCGCAUCAGUCAGAGCAAUAUGAGGGACUCCAGCAGCGCACAAAUGAACUCAAGAGCUCAUUAAGCUCCGCCCAGCAGGAAUUGAGUCAGUGGAUGGCACGAUAUGAUUCACUAAUGGAGCAACACCAGGGUCUCGAUCUAACCAUGACCAAACUAGACAACCACUGUGAGCUUUUGAGUCGACUGAAAGGAAACCUGGAAGAGGAGAACCACCACCUCCUAAGUCAGAUCAACCUGCUAAGUCAGCAGAACCACACUCUGCUGGAGAGGAGCAUGGAGAGCAAAGAGCUGUAUCACCAGGAACAGAAACUAUACAUUGAUAAGCUGAACGCUCUUCGCCGUCAGAAAGAAAAACUAGAGGAGAAGAUCAUGGACCAGUACAAGUUCUACGACCCCACUCCAAAAAAGAGGAGUCAGUGGUCCGGAGCCAAAGCUUUAGCCAAACUGAUUAAACCCCGAAAGGAGAGCAGCAGGGAGCAGGGGGGCGACCGAGACAAGGAAGGAGGCAAAGAGAGAGAACGAGCGAAGAGCGCCCCAGACAUCCCUCUACCCGCCCCACCUCCCCUUCUGCCCCCUGAAACUCCACCCCCACUCCCCCAGAGGACGGCAAGUGACACGCAGGACGGCAGCCAUGCCCAUAGUAACCAUAGCAACCACACCACCAGCCCCAGCAUUGGACCCCAGAGUCCAGCACUCACGCCCAUCAGCCGAGGUUUGACUGACAGGAGCCGGGGUGUUUAUCGUAGCAGUACUCCAGGAGGCAGCAAUGAGAGUAUCAACGGAGAAGAUGGACAUGGACAAGUUCAGUCCCUUAAAGUUCUUAGUUCCACUCCGAGCCACCAGUCAUCUUCAGCAGGCCUAACCAACAGCUCCAGACUGGGACAAGGUCCCAGCCGCAGGCCCAGAGGUCUGUUAUUUGAUGAAGACUCUCGCCACAACGCCUCCGACUCAAUGUUUGGUCACCAUGGCAACACGGGAGGUCGCCCAGGGUCGGCAGACUUUAGCCACAACACCUCCAGCUCCAACUCACCUGUCAACUGCAGAGACUCGUCAGAUCGUCAGGGUCGCUCAGCCAGCCUCUCUAGUGAUGAUGUCAUGGGUCUCAGCCAAUCACAACAGACCCUGUCACGUAGUUCCACACUUCCAUACGACCACGCACCCCAGAGGGCCCAACCACAGCGUGGAGUCGGCAUUAGGACCAAGGCCCGCCCAUCUUCUCCUGGAAGUGAGAUGGUGACGCUGGAACAGUUUCUACAAGAGAGCAACAUACAGUCACCUCCGAUGGUGUCUACAGGAAGCAGGGAGGACCUGAUGGCAGACUAUUUCACCAGAAGUCCCGCCCCCUCUACACCCGCUGGCAGAGACCAGGUGACUCCCACCAGCUAUGUCACGCCCACUGUGCAGUCAUCCACCCAGAGGCCAGGUCAGAGUGUCAAGCCCUCACCCCGCCAGCCUGUGGGCCAGUCCCCAGCUUCAGGCCAGCCUUCCACCCAGAGAACCAGCCAAUCACUGAGCAGGGCUUUCAGCCUGGCCUCAGCUGAUUUGCUGCGCUCCAACGGACCAGACAGCUUCCGUGGCAAUGAAGGCCAAUCAGACGUGGUCGUUCGUAGACAAGGGGGAGGGGCUGGGAGAGAACGGCCUCUCUCCGCUCGCCUGGCCGGUCCGACCAAUCAGCACGGAGAUGGCAGCUUUCUAAACCCGCCUAUUCACCAUUCGUCCUCUCUCAAUCUGCAAACAGAGAGGUACGCAGAGAGAGAGAGAGAGCGAGGCAGGACUGCCGUCUCUCGGAACGGCCCCUCCUCAUCCUCCCCCUACCACCACCAUGGGGAGGUCGCCAUGGUAACCCCCGUCAGAGCCGUGCCUGCUACGCGGCCCGAAGAAGCCUCUGAGCAUGGGGAGGUGUUAAGGGACGGGCAGUCAGGUGACUCCUCCCACUUAAAGAAAGAAAGCGAGAGAGCCAGGUGUGGCUCUGUCGAACGCCCGAAAAGCACGCCAGCUUCCCCGGACCCCAACAAUGACCCCCAGACUGUGUGGUAUGAGUACGGCUGUGUCUAAACACUGAAAGUAAUGAAAACUAUGGGUGUGGCUGUGUCUAAAGACAGAAACCAAAUACUCAAACAAACUACAGUCUGCUGGGGCUGAAUACUGGAUCUUUAUGGGCUGAGUCCAAACCCUCAGACACAAGUAAUCAGUCUCUGGACUGUGCCCUUUGUGUUGUGGAUUAAUAACUCUUUAUUGUUAAGCGUUGCUCAAAUAUAACAUCAAUUGGAAAUCGGUCUAAAUCGGAUGCAAUUUGGAUUUAACCUCAGUGACUGAUGGUCUUUUUAAGGAUUUAGACUUGAACGCCACAACACUAUAGAUGGUCUCUGAGAAUGCUGGAAUUCAUUGGUCUCUGCUGUUUUUACUAUCACAAUGUUUACUAUGAUUCAGCAAGCAGCCUGAGCCCUCAGGACGUUUUUUUCCCGGGGCAAAGGAAACUCCAACAUUUUUUUUUUUUUAAGAAAAGGUGUUGCUAUUACUGGAAAAAUGAAUUGUUGAUGUUAUGACCAGAUGAUGGUCCAGAUGUUGUAUUGUGUGUGCUAAUUUUAACACAUACAGAAAUGGAGAUGGAAGCUGAGAUGUGAUGAGAUGAUGAGUGUCUGAAUCCAUAACACUUUAAUCCUGCAGGAACAGAGGACAAGUGCUACAGUUGUGGACCAGAAUACUAAGGAUGGGCUCAGUCUAUGAGCUGGAACUCUUUGACUGUUGACCGACACACUGUCUGGCCCUACUAAUGGAUGCCACCAAUUCUGCAAAACUGUACGCCAGGAAUUAGCCAACUCCGAGAGGGGUGACUGAACUAAAGCCAAGGCGACCAGAAGCACCAGAGCGACUGAAUGUAUCAGAUUUCUCCUCCUUUUUCUGUCCUCCUCCUCUCCCCUGUUAUCUAGAACAAACACUGGAAGAGACGAGAGAUGAGGGAAGGAAACGGAGGAAUUCAAGCGAAGAGAGUGGAAGCAAGUGAAGGAGAAAAGGGGUAGAGAGAGAGAGAGAGUAAAUGGAGGGAUGUUGGGAUAGAGAGAGUGGUGGACAGAGGGGAGACGGAUAUAGUGACGGGAGGACAGAUAGAUAAACAGGACAGAGACGGAGGGACUCCUCCCAGUUAAAUUACAGUGUUUCUCCCUCCAUCUUUAGAUUCUGUCCCAGCAUGCAACACUCUUGACACUUUACUGGAAAUGUUGCUUGGCCCGAGCCAACACUAGUUUCACAAACACACACACACACACACACACACACACACACACACACAUAUACAUAUACAUAUAUAUAUAUAUAUAUAAUGAUAUACACACACACAGAGGCAUUGUCCUUGAGGGGGUUGGUUGUGGCUUCGCUAACCGUUGAGCUGGACUUAAUUCACACACACAUGCACACACACACUCACCGCUGGCUAAACCACUGUGUUUUGGUUGGGUGUACUGCUGCACGCUAAGUUAGCCAGACAGUUGUAAGCACUGCACAACAGAGAGAGAGAGAGAGAGAGAGAGAGGCUACAUCCCACUGUGAUCUGGAUAGAUAGAGUUAGCAUGUAAUCAAUUAGCUUUGGCAAAACAAGGUUUUUAGUUUUAUGACUGAACAGAAUGCACCAAGUGUUUGGUAGAUUGCUCUCUUGGUAAACACACCUAUUAUGUAAUGACAUGUCACAUUUAACUGAAUGUGUCUAUGUUGUUUUUUCUCAGUCUUAUUAGGGAUCCACGAUAUGGAUUUUUCCGCCGAUAGAACAACAACAAUAAACAACAGUUCUGACUCAAAAUAACUUUUUUUUAAACAAGUAACUUCACAAACAUAUUUUGAAUACAUUCAGCAUAAAGCCUGAUAACGAUAAUUCAUCAGCUAUACUUUCAUUAUCGGAAUGAUACAUAAUAAUAUCCAUUUCCCAAUACAGACAGCUCAAAAUAAUUCACAAAAAUAAUAUUGUUUUAUCUAUUGACUUUCUAUGAAUUGGCCAAAUUCAUCUUUACUUUUAUUGUGUGUUUUGUCUCUUUUUUGGCAAAUAGAUAAAACUGUAACCCUGGCAACCAUCGUUAAGGUGUGAACCACCAAGUGGAAAUGAGAUGCUAGGUUAUUUAAACGAUAUUACCACAUGUAUUAUUGACAUGAUAUUACAGUUGUAGACAAUAUUGGUACAUGGCGACACGCUUAACCCCGAUAUAUGAACAUGACAGGGCGAUGUACACAAGGAGUCAAUGUUCUACUGAAGACACAAUGAUUUUGGCAUCGGUGUUGUCAUCACUGAUAUGACUAUUGGGAGAGUUAACAGAUACUUGGUGUAUUCUUUUAAGUCAAUUUAAACAGAGAAAAGAAGGAAGAGGAGGAGGAAGAGGCGGGAGAAAUGAAUGAAAGCAUCCCUUGGUGACAGAUGUUAAUUUAAAAAUGAAUCCUGAUCAACUGACCUUUUGUCUGUACUGCUAUUUGUAAAUGACAAAGCUGUCCUUCCUGCAUUAUUAAUGACUGACGGUUCAUAACAAGCACUAGAAUGAUGAGGAAGAGGAGGAUGUAACACUGGAGUUGUGAAUAUGAACAUUUGACUGGAAUCCAUCACUAACCUUUCCGCUCAACCUUUUGAACAAAAUGUCAAUAUGCAACAAGAUAAAUUAUUCUACCUGUAACAUUUGUACAUGACAUUAGAUUUUAUAAACUGCUCAAAUAUUAGAAGACUUUUUGUAAAAUCUUCUGGAACUUUACCUGGAAAAUGUUUGUUGAUACCAAAAACCCCAAUCCAGAUCGAUUCCUGUAAACUGGUGAAAAUCCAGCCAGUGAUUCCACUGUAAAACUCAUUGUUUGUAGAUUGUUUUUACAUAUUUUACUAGAAGUGAGAUCAUGAUGUGAAACACUGUGGGUUGAUGCUGUUAGUAGAGCUGCAACCUGUUAUGUUAUGUCUGCAUAGAUGCCUCAUCUGUGCAUUAUUAGUUCUUAAAGCCCUUCAGGGUGUGUGUGUGUGUGUGUGUGUGUGUGUGUGUGUGUGUGUGUGUGUGUGUGUGUGUGUGUGUGUGUGUGUGUGUGUGUGUGUGUGUGUGUGUGUGUGUGUGUGUGUGUGUGUGUGUGUGUGUGUGUGUGUGUGUGUGUGUGUGUGUGUGUGUGUGUGUGUCAGUUUGCUGAUGUCAAAAGGAAAGAGAAUAUUGGUUUCCUGGAAAGAUUUUUAUUGCGAGACCAUCACACACACUUGUGCGCUUGUGUGUCUCACAUUUUUAUUGGCUUGGCUGAAAUGUGUGUGUAUGUUUGUGUCCUGUCUGUCUGUUUGUCUGCUUUGCUGGCCACCUGUGUGUCAGUCUGUUCACCUGUCUUACUGCCCCAUGAUUCCCCAGUUUUGGAGAUUGUUGCUAUUGGUCAGCUCACCUGCUCAAUGUUAAAAGCAACAACAACAAAGUCAUCAGCAUGACUCUGGUGCUUCAUGCUGGUGCACCAGCAGGCUGAAGCCGUCGUGCAACCUGCAGCACAAAAAGAUUGAAACGAAGGACACCAAAUAGGUGGAGUGCAGCAUCACAGGAGAGAAGUGAAAGCGGAAGGCGAAGUGGGUCUGACGUCACUGGCAUUUCCUGCGUUAACUGGAAGAACUGCUACUAUAGUUCACUUUAUUGCUGACUGCUAUGCUGUGAUGUGACUACUGUUAAAAGGCUACUAGUGUGAUUCAGUAGAGGCUGAGGUUGAUGUUAUUCCACCCAGAAGCUUUUUGGUAAUAAAGAUUUAUAAACUCGAA